CCUGAAUCUGAGUAGAUUCCAUUCCGAGGGCACAUUCAUGAACGAGACACUCGUAUCAGAGAGAACCAAGAAGAAUAAUACAGUACACAGCUGUUUCUGAACUUGGUCCCCAUCUACAGUCAGCUAUAAUGGGUGGCUGUUGCAGUAGAAGACCUGUUGAAGACGACACAGUUAUUAAACAGCCAAAGGCGUCUACCACAUCACCCCGUAAGCAAGAUGCAUCAGUGCAGACCAUGGAGCAGUCAACCGAUGAGAAGUUACAUGAAGAGGCGCGCUCACAUGAAGUGGAUGUUGUUCUAGAUGGAGAAACAGCUCACUCUCAGCUGAAGAUAUCACGCAAUGGGAAAGUUGUGGAGUGGGUGACACAAAAAGGAGAACCACAGGCAGAGAUUGACAAGAAUGACAUUGCCAAGCAUUUUGAUGAAGACCCCUACGUGUUGGGCAGUAUGGGCCGGGCUAUGAGGGCCUACUGGGAGGUGUGUGUAAAGGAGAACAAGGACUGGGUACUUGGUGUUACUAGGGCAACAGCUAACAGGAAAGGACAGUUGGUUCUCAGCCCUGACAAUGGCUUCUGGGCAGUCAGGAUCUCCAAUGGCGAAAACCUUAAAACAUUCAUGGGUGAUGAUGUCCUUAUUAAAGAAAGAAUUCCACACCGAGUGGGUAUCUAUGUGGAUUAUCAGGAAAGGAAGGUGACUUUCUACAAUGCAGAAGACGGCUCACUCAUCUACUCAUUUACCAACGGACCAAGUUAUGAGGAUGAUGUCCGCCCACUUUUCUCACCCUGGAAGUAUGAAAAACAGCCCAUCACAAUUUUGUCAAUUUAAACUAAAAACUGGAAAUAAUGUAAAAUAUGAAAGGACCCCCUCUACACCUGUCAGUAGGAUACUUUAUUGUGAUAGAAAGCUUAACUUGGCUGAGUGGUCUUACAGUAAUAAUGGUCAAAAUACAAUUAUUGAAUGUGAAUAAUUGUCACUUCAGUAAUAUUUAGGCAUAUGCUUGAAAUUGUCGAAAAUGUAUGAUAUUUUUUUCCUUAAAUUUACUUUACAUUCUUCAACUUUGUUGAAUGUAAAACAGCUAUUUCAGUUGUAUUUUUCUCAAACCACACGGAUAUUAGAAGAGAAAUCAUGCAUAAUGCACCUGGUAAUGUUAUGCCUCCUUUCAUACACAUAUAUACUGUACACUGUAUUGAUUUGUGAAAAACAAAAUAUUGCUUUUAAGACUUGUAUGUGUAUCAGUUUAUACCUUGCGAUCAUGAGGAUCAAUCAGUUUGUUAGAUUAGGAAGGUUUGUAAUCAGCCAUUGGUCAGCACAAGCAUCAGAGGCCUUCGUAAAGACUGCUAUUCUGGGAACUCAUAAAUAAAAUGUUUGCACCCACAGAUUUGAUUGUAAAUUGCACAUAUAACAUCUACAGGAACAUGUGAUUUAUAAAUCGUGAACUUGAAAUGAAAAUAUGGAAUUUACAUAAAUGCUGCAAUAAAUUUUGGGAUUUAUAAAUUAAA